CGAACUCUCCUUCUCUGUUUCUCGAGCGAUAGAUCGACGAAGAACGUUACCAUGAGCAACAAUGGUGCGCGCAUAUCCCCGUCCUGCAGCACCUCCAACGUUGAUGAACGCAUCCUCAUCCUUGUUUCGCACCUCACAGACGCGUCCGUCAAGCUCAACCCCACCGUGGACUUCCUCGCCGGCAACAUAUCUGGCAUAGCAGGGCUAGUCGUCGGAUAUCCCUUCGAUACCGUCAAGGUCCGCUUCCAGACGCCCGAGUACCAGUCGCGGUAUAACUCAACGUUCAAUGCGCUGACGACCAUCGUGCGCGAGGAGCGCUUUACGGGGCUCUUUAAGGGUAUUAUGUCGCCGAUCGCGACCGUAGCUCUGAUGAAUGGCCUCGUAUUCGCGUCGUACCGCUUCUUCAUGAAAAUCCAGCUAGAAGACGCGCAUUCCGUGCCCACGUUGUGGCAGAUCUUCCUCGCUGGGUCUGGGAGCGGGAUCGUGUCGUCCAUAAUCACGACGCCGACGGAGCUGGUGAAGAUCAGGCAGCAGGCUUUGUCGACGCGAACGUCUACGCCGAAGGUCGCUCUUGCCAUAUUGCGGGAGACGGGCCUGAGAGGCUUAUAUCGGGGCAUCACUUCGACGGCCUUGAGAGACAUUGGGUACGGGCACUACUUUGUUGCGUAUGAGGCGACCUGUCGCUACUUCGCCACACCGAAGACCGUGGUUCGGGAUACCGACCACUCGUCUAUCAUGUCCGAGGUCGAGGAGAUUAACGAACUCUCGUGGCCCGCGCUUCUCCUCGCGGGAGGGGCAGCUGGUAUAGCCGGCUGGAUAUUCACCUUCCCCUUCGACGUUAUCAAGACCCGGAUGCAGAGCCCGCCGCAACAGACGCAGAGUUCCUCCCCAACGCAUAAUGCUUCUGGGGCAGCUGCUCCGUUGUUGGACAGGCCUGCGGCGUAUCCAUAUAGGACGACGUGGUCGACGAUCUUGCAUUCCUAUCACACGGAGGGGAUGGGGGUGUUCUUCAGGGGGUUGGCACCUACUUUGAUACGCGCUGUCCCCGUCAACAUGGCGACCUUCGCCACUUUCGAAGCAGUUGUGCAUACUCUCUCAUAGUUUAGGCGUAGUCUCACAUAGCUAAGGCGUACUACCUUCUAAUCAAUAAAUCGAUCGCAGCACGCUCGAAGGUGCCGACUGCACUCUUCAAGUCACUCGAUUGAUGCUGGAUAAUGAAUGCCAG